AUGGGUUUGAUCAAAAGCUUUGAUGCUUACUUGAUGUUUGUGAUGUUAAUUGGCUUGGUGUUUGCAUUAGGCUUAUCAAAUGGUUACAAGUUCUAUGUAGGUGGGAAAGAUGGUUGGGUUCGUACUCCUUCCGAGGAUUAUUCUCAUUGGUCUCACCGAAACCGGUUUCAAGUCAACGACACUCUUUAUUUUAAGUACACAAAGGGAAAAGAUUCAGUGUUGGAGGUAAGUCAAGGGGCGUACAACACAUGCAACAUGACUCACCCCAUAUCUUCCAUCUCAGACGGAGACUCUCUCUUUGUGAUUAGCCGUUCAGGUCCAUUCUUUUUCGUCAGUGGAAACUCGGAAAACUGUCUCAAAGGCCAGAAGCUAGCCGUUUGGGUCAUGUCCACGGCCCACCAUAGCCACAGUCCUCAUCAGCCAUCUCCCUCACCAGCACCGACUCUGUCUCCUGUGGCUUUGUCAUCUCCAGCGCCUUCUCCGGGAGUGUUUCUUUCUGACUCAGAAGCUCUUGCUCCGGCUCCAGGACCCGAGAAAGCUCACAAUGCGGCCGGAGUGAUUGGUCCUGGGGUGGUUUCUUUAGGAUUAGUUCUUGUUGUUUUCAUAAUGGUCUAG